AUGGAUGAAAUGGAAAGAUCUUUGUCAUCAUGGAUUGAUGAUCAACAUCAAAAUAAUGUUCCUCUGAGUUUUUCAAUUAUUCAAGCUAAGGCUCUUACAAGUAAUGGCUGGUUUGAAAAAUUUAAAGUGAGAUAUUCGUUACAUAAUAUUAAAUUCACUGGAGAAUCGGCCGAUGCAGAUAAAAAUGCUGCGAAAGAAUUUAUUUCCUUAUUAUCCAAAAUUAUUGAAGAUGGAGAAUAUUCUCGUAGUCAAAUAUUCAAUGUAGAUGAGACAGGUUUGUUUUGGAAAAAGAUGUCAAAUCGCACAUUUUUAUUGAAGGGAGAAUCAGUUGCUCCUGGACAUAAGCCUUCCAAAAACCAAUUGACAUUACUUCUUGGUGGAAACUUAGCUGGUGAUUUAACAAAUGAAAUAUUUAUUUUAAUGAAUCAACUACAGUUGGACGUCAAUAAAGACGAUGUUGAUGAAUUGAUCGAGUCACACUCAGCACCGCUCUCAAAUGAAUAUUUAAUUGAGCAACAAUUGACCUUCACGCAUCUUGACAAAUUUUUGAGUAUCAUGGAAGAAUGUGAUCCCAAUGGAGAACGUAUAUAUCAAGUACGUAGGGCAAUUAAGAAAGGCAUAGCAUGUUAUAAAAAUCUUUAUCAAGAAAAGAAAAAAAUGGGUGGCAUUCAAUUAACUCUUUAUAAAAUUAUAAAGGAAGCACCUGAAAGAACUUAA